GUGGUCGUCGACUUGCGAAUGCAGACUCAUCGGGUGGUGCCAACUAAGGCCAGGUGUGGAAGAGAGGACGGGGAUUGGAAAGAGGAGGAAAAAAAAAUAUCCGAAAUGGAAGGAGUGAAGAAUGCUGCAAAAGCAGAAAACUUGAAGAUCCUUUUUGAGACUGCGCAGAAGGCCAUUCAGGCUUACCAAGAGGCUCGAAAAGGUGAGCCAAGCACCCCGGAAAUACCGCCAAUCGAAAAGAAUGGUGCUCUAGUUAGUAAUGAGGAGGAAGAGAAAUCUAACAAGGAGGAGGAUACAUCGGGGAAAAAACGGCAAGAAUCGGCGGGGAAGUCUCAAGCAAAUUGGAAAAAAAAAAAAAACCAAAAUCGUGGUAAUCGCGGGGGAGGCCGUUACCAAAAUCGGGGCGGCAGAGGCCGUUAUCAAAAUCGCGGGUAUCGCAAUUCCGGAUCAAUAAAUUUUUAUUUUUCAAAGGAGUAUUAAAAUGAAGAUAAUUUGGACAAUGAAGAACAUUUGGACAAUAUUAUUUGUACAAUGACGAAC